AUGGCGGGAUCGCGCAAGAAGAACAAGCGGGGCCGCACGGGGGGAUCCAACGGCCCCUCCAAUGGAGCGGCGUCCAGGGACGGCAACCAGGCCUCUGGCAUGACUCCGGUCCAGCAGGAGAUCAUCAACACUGUGCUGAACGCUGCUCCAGGCACCACGGCCAGCGCGGCGCCCGACGGGGCCUUCUCGGCCAUGCAGCAGGCGUUCGGGAGCGCGGGCUUCAAUGUCUCGAACGUCACAAUGUUCAAUCAGCCGGGCGGAAGCGCGCCGGCCCCCGGCCCGGCCCCCAGCGCACCCCGCAAGGCCUCCCAGAGCCCCAGCCAGCGCCAGGCCACGAUCAGCGAGCACAACGCAGCCCUCGCGCAGUUCAACAGCGUACGCAACAGGCAGGGGUACGGGGCGGUGCUCCCCACGACGCCGGCCGGCGCGCCCAACCCGGGCAGGCGUGUGCCGCCCGUGUCCUCGUGCACCCCCGUCCGCGUCGGGGAGCUGCGGUCGCCCACGGCCACGGGCACGGUGCACGACGGCAAGGUGCUGCGCGGGACGCUCGUCGUCAGCCCGUUCCAGGUGCGCGCGCUCCAGACGGUCCUGGAGGACGAGGUGGGUGACGUCAUCAAGUGCGGGAUCUACAACCCCGAGGCGCUCGCGGAGGGCGGGUCGCCGCUGCACGCGUUCCGCCAGGGCCGGAAGGUGGCGAUCGUGGAGCCGUUGUACAAAGUGUUCGCGGACACCAGCACGGGCGUCCGCGUGGACAACCCCAAGUCGGUGGUGUUUGAGGACUCGGAGGCCCCCCAGGAGCGCGCCAAGAGCCCCGAGAAGCUGAAGAGCGCGGAGGAGUACCGCGCGGAGGGCAACGAGCUGUUCGUCGGCGGGCAGUACGCCAAGGCCGUCGCGAGCUACACCAGCAGCCUCGAGCGCCACGACGCAGACAAGGUCCUGUCGACAACGCUCCUGAACCUGUCCGCGACCGAGCUCGCGCGCGACCGGCCCCUCGCGGCGCUCGCCAUGGCCAUGGCCGGCCGCGCGGUCGAUCCGAAGAACCCGAAGGCCUACUUCAGGGCCGCGACGGCGCUGGAGAGGCUCGACCUGACGGAUGCGGGGCUCUUCAUGUGCGACCAGACGCGGCGCAUGACCGUCGGGAAGAGGGACCUCGCGGUCGAGGAGCUGCUCGGCCGCAUGAAGCAGCGCGGCGGGCGCCCCGCCGGCGAGCAGGAGGCCCUGCGCACGGCACUGCGGCUGAUGGCCAAGGAGCCCGGGGCGUGCUUCCCCCCGCAGCCCUCCGCCGCGGACGAGGCGAAGUUCCGCGCCAUCGAGGCCAAGUCCGAGGACGAGCUCGCGCCGCUCCGCGCGGAGGGCAAGGCCAGCGGCAACGACCUGUACAAGUCGGGCGACUACGAGCUCGCCGGGAAGGAGUACCGCGACGUGCUCGCGCACUUCCCCGGCGCCGCGGCGGUGCUGUCGAACCGCGCGAUGUGCCGUCUGAAGAGCGGGGAGCCCCUGCAGGCCGUCUCCGACGCCGCGGCGUCGAUGUGCCUGCGCGCGGGGCACGCCAAGGCGCAGUACCGGUUCGCCUGCGCGCUGCUGGACCUCGGGUGGCGCAAGGAGGCCGCGCUCGCACCGAUCGGUGCGCUGGACGCGGAGGCGCGCAGCGCGAUCACCAGCCGCCUGGGCAACGCUGCUGGCGGCCAGCCGCCCGCGCCGGACGCGUCGGCGGGACCGAGCCAGAGCAGCGCUCCGCCGCCUGCGCCGGAGAGCGACGACUUCGACGACAGCGGCCCGGAGGUUCCGCCGGACACGGCGUUCGAGGCGGAGAACGCGGACGUGCUGCAGAUGACGCCGCCGCCCGACGCCCUCCGCGCGAUGGGCAUCCACCAGCCGGUGCCGCGCCGCGACAUCCGGGCGUACCACCGGUCGUACGAGCGCGCGGGGCAGUGGCCGGCGCACUGCGACGUCGCCGCGUGCCGCGCCCUGAUCGCGCAGCAGCGCAAGAUGGACAUCCUCACGAACAACGACCUCGUGGACCUGUACGCCUCGCUGUCUUCGCACCCCGCGAUGAUGUCCGCGGCCAUCCCGGCGCGCCUCGGCGUGCGGCCCGAGGACGCGCUGACGAUGGACCGUGUGCAGUGGUGGCUGCAGGCCCAGGUGGGCGACGUGCGCUUCCACGCGCGGCCGCUGAUCAGCCCGCAGGUGCACGAGACCGUCCUCGAGCCCUCCGUCCCCGCGCUGCUGCGGCCGGCGGAGAAGCUGCACCGCGGCGACAUCCACGUGGGUGUGGGCUUCCUGGACCUGAGCUGGAUCGCGCAGGCGGCGCAGAUGGGGUUCGCGCCCGCGCGGGACGAGAGUCGCGCGAGCGAGCCGGUGCGCUGGGUCGGGUUCGACGCGUGCUCGUACAACGUGGCCAAGGCGGCGGUGAUCAUCGAGAUGAUGCAGCAGGCGUCGGCGGGGCAGGGGCAGGGGGUCGCGCGGGACGUGCUGCAGGUGUGGUACAGCACGUCGUGGACGAAGGGGGCGCUCGCGCGGUUCCGCGAGGCGGUCAAGGCGCUCGUGGACGACCCUGCGAUGGCGUCGUGGCACCCCAAGUCUGUCAUGGAGUACCUGACGUGGUGGCGGCACCACGACGACGUGUCGCUGCGGGCGGCGCGCAGGACCUUCGUCGAGGAGGAGGGCAUCACGGCGAAGUUCGGGAACUGGAAGCUCAAGCGCGACUGCCACGAGCACAUCACGUACGCGCUCACUGGGGAGGUGGGCGGCAGCGGCGAGGUCGGCAGCCCCGUCGUCUGGGCCCUGCCGCCUGGUACGCCGCGGGUAUCCAAGACCGAGACGAUCUUCGACUCGGUCGGGAUCGAAGAGCUCAGCGCGAAGAUGCGCACCCGCAGCGACAGCGUUGGCGCAGUGUCGGUGGUGACCGACAUCCUGCUGGACCGCAUCCAGGCGAUGGCGGACGCGGUCGCUGGCGGGGCGCUCUCGCUCGAGGUCGAGCACGCCUGCGUGGAGAAACGGAAGCGAGGCGUGGCGGAGCGCAUUGCCUCGAUGCGGCCCACCUCGAUGUCUUGGAGCAACUGCUGCGACCUGUUCGGACCCAAGGAGUUCCACGCGCUCGCCAGGGCGUGCUCCGCGCCCGGGGGCACGCGACACUAUCUGCAAAGCGUGUUCUGGGUCCGCGACGUCAAGGGUGCGUUCGUGCUGGACUACGACCAGCGGGAGGACCGGUGGCGGCACAUUGACGAGGGGGCUGCGCAGGUGGCCGCGGCGUACCGCGCGGACGGGCGGGACGCGUACAUGCUCCUGCCCGUCGUCGAGACCAUCGCGGGCUCGGCCGACUUCGUCCUCAUGCGGCAGUACCACCGCCGCUGGGCGGAGCGCUUCUUCGCGGAGGGCGGCGUCCCGCCCUCGGACUGGGAGAUCACUGCGCCGCCGCAAUUCAACGUACACGCGCAGUUCUUCGGGGCGUUCGCGAUGGCCUUCACGGCGCACCGGCGCAGCGACACCAAGAACCGGUCGGGCAAGAGCAAGACCUCUGAGGAGGGCAAGUGA